CUGGUAGCUAACGGUAAUGUUGGCAAUUUCCGACCGUUUCUCCAUAAUAUUACCUCAUUACAUCUUCAAAUACUAAAAAAAAACCUGUCUGCAGUUGGCUAUUCGGCUGUUAACGGGUGCUUCACUGUUUCCGAGAUGAUGAUGAAUGGAAACUCUCCUUCAGGUGUGUGGAGAUGACCUACCACCCUUUUGGGAAUGGUCAGAAUGGGGCCAGAUGUGCCCCUUCUUAAUGAGUACAAGCAGGAGUUCUUCUGGAAGCGCUUCCCCCAAACUGUGUUGGGGGGUCCACGCUUCAAGUUGGGCUACUGUGCCCCACCUUAUGUAUAUGUCAAUCAAGCAGUCUUGUUCUUGACACCAUGGCUUUUUGGGGGCAUCGGGACCCUGCUCAGUCAGUUGCAGCUGCUUCAGGAGCUCCAUGCUGCGGUGCUCUCUGGUAUACUUAUGUGCGGGGCUGCGGCGGGUGUCCAGGCCCUGGCGCUGUAUGCUGCACGGAGGAGCGGCACAGUGGAGAGACUUGGUGCAUCCAACAUCCUUGUUGAUGAAGAAGAAGUGGAAUUUACCCACUGUGUCAGCACAGAGACUGUUCGAUUCAUUGCUCCUGGAAAGCGUUUUGGGCUUAAUGUGGUGCUGCAUACAGUGCUAGCUGGGGUGCUCUGUGGCUUUGGGACAUGGUAUGUGUUCCUUGGCAGACUCACUGCUCUUUAUGGCAGUAUUGGUGCAUCCCUGGUGGUCUUCGUCCUGAGUUGGGUGACACUGUGUAUAGCUGAAUAUUCUCUCAUUGUAAAUACAGCUACAGAGACAGCCACUUUUCAGGCACAGGACACUUAUGAGAUAACCCCACUCACGCGGCCUCUUUACAUUUUUAUUUUCAUCGCUGUGGAUUUGGCUGAUAGAUACUCUGAUGCUGUCCCUGAGCUCCAUCUGGCCAGCCAGGUUCUCCACGUGCUGUUUCUCUUUCUACCUCUGCUGUGGGCGUUUGGUAUCCUGCCUCCCCUGGAUGCUCUGCUCCUCUGGGGCAUGGAGCAGACUCUUGUGUUUGGCUUAGGAGGCUCACCCAUGUCCAGCAACCUCAGGCUGCUGUUGAUGUUUGGUGUAUCCGCUGGUGUAGCUGUAUGUAAUUACUUCAUCCCAUCAACACUUGGUGUGGUUCUCCUCUCCACUGCUAUGGGAUUUCUCUUGAGUCUGGAUCUCAGCCAGGUUGGCACACUCUGCAGAGGUUCCAGGUCAGCCUUUGGGGACCGCGAAUUGCUCAGAGGGGGGCCGUCACCUCCUCCUCCAACUUCCUUUGGCUGGAAUCUAGGCUGCAGGGAAGUACUGCUAUAUUUGAGCUUGCUACUGGUGGCAAUGGCAGAGGCAGGCGUUUUGCAUCACUUCAUCGGAUCAGCUCAGUCCCGCAGCCUGAUUACAGGACCCCAGGCUCCUGUCAGUUACCUCCUCCUCAUACUGUUCUGCCUCUGCUGGGCUCUCAGAGAGAUCCAAGGGGCCUAUGUAUUUGGAGGAGUGUUCCUCAAUCCCCUGUACCCUAAAGGGAUGUCCAGUGUGCAAAUUUUUAAACAGAGGAACAGAGGACUGUACAUUGCCGCUGCAAUCAGAAGAGUCCUUAUUUACCUGGUGUUUCCAUUUGCAAUGAUUGCUUUCCUGGCUAUGGAUAAGUCUCUGCAGCUGCUCCACACGGUUUCCCUGAGUGUGGGAUUUACUCGAGCCUUUAGAGUGGGAUGGCAGAGUUCAGAACAUGCUCUGCUCCAAAUGGUGGUGGUGAUCUUGGUGCGGCUUGCAGCUGGAAACAAUGUGCUGCCAGGGUGGGAUGACUUAGGUACCGGAGUUCAGCUUCUUCUGGUGGGCCUCCUGUUCGACAGAGUAACCCAGUUUCUAGCCAAGCUGAAAUUCACCCUGACUGUGUUGGUGACAUCUUGGACAGAGAAGAAGCAGCGCCGUCAGUCGGCUGGAACUCUCCUGGCUCUGAACGCCUCCCUAUGCCCUCUGGUCCUGGCGGUGGUGAUCGUCUCUGCCCUGCUCUCUGCCCCUUUGCUGCCCCUGUUCACUCUGCCCAUCUUCCUUGUGGGGUUUCCCAGGCCUCAGCGAAGCUGGCCAGGACCCGUGGGCACUGCCUGUCCCUGCCCGGAUUCUGUCUUCUACCAGCAAAUGAGUGGAAGUCUCGCCUGUGCUCUGAGGACGGCCUUUGCAAGAGGGUCACUGGGUUCAUUUGCCCCGGGCUCUCAUUUUCUUGGCCGCUUUCAGGACCGUAUGGUUUGGAUAAUGAUCCUGGAGAGGGGAUAUGGCUACUGCACUGUCAACAUUAAGGGCCUGGAGCUGCAGGAGACGUCUUGCCACACGGUGGAGGCACGGAGGGUGGAUGAGGUUUUUGAGGCUGCUUUCGAACGCCCUGAGCGGCUCGGCUUUACCCAGGGCUUCAAUCUGCAUUGGGGCAAUGCCCUCACCCCGUGUGCUGCACUUGCAGUGCGGGUCUACUCUGAUGCCCGAAAUGUGCUGUCUGGUAUCAUUGACUCUCAUGACAACUUGAGGAAACUUCAGGAUGACUUCAUGAAGGCUCUGAUCUGGUUGCUCCUGCGAUAUUGUGUGCAGAAGCAUAAAGGAUUUUUAUGGAGCAGUGAAGAAGUGUCAGUGGUUGGUGGGAUGAAAUCCCAGUCUUCACAGUUAGCCCAGACAACUUCUAACCAACCACCUGAGGCUGUCAUGGUGGAGUCCAAUGUGUCUUCUAUAAGGUUCAGACAGGACAGCUCCAGUUUGACCUCCUUUGGUGACUGGUCAGAUGAGGAUGACUUAUUUGGACCUCAACCAGCCAGACGGACAGUUGCAUUAGUGACUGCAGAAGCCCAGUCUGGACACACCACCCUGCAGAUGGGGGCCUCUUUGCCGGGCUCCGUGGAGAUGGACAGUCUUUUUGAAAACAUGGCCCUCUCUGCACUGCAGCCACUGCAGCCUCUGGGGCUAGGUAUUGGGAUGCCAGCUGUGGAUAAAGGCCAUAACUCAGAGGUAUUCGGUGAAAGGUCUGGCUCUCUCCCACAUCUGAACUUCAGCUGCCCCCAGUCUGAGGUAUUCAACCUACCAAAAGGGUGGAGGACAGCACCAUUACUACCAUCCCGCUUGCUGUCUCUCAGGCCUUUAUUUCCUGAGGAUUGGUUUCGAUUUACCUUGGGACGCUUUGGGCCUGCUGUGCAGGGUGCAACCUCAGAGGACAUGACCAAAGCCCUCAAGGAGGAUGAAGCCUUGAAGGAACUGCAUAUUCAUGUUGCACUUUCGUGUCUCAUCUCACUGGGGGCAGAGUCUGCCUUCACCAGUCCUAGUUAUGUGUACAGGCUGUAUUGUGGAGAUGUACCGUGGACAGAAGGACUUGAGUGGCUAUCUUCAAGUAAAGAACUUUACCAGCUCACACUUCAGGCUUUCAGGUUCAGCUUCAAGCUGUUGUUUGAUCAAGCAAGCCUGGGGCCAAUGGAGUCCCCUGAAGAGUUGUUCAGCACUCUGGAGGAAUAUGAAAGGGACUGGUACAUCGGUCUGGUGACAGAGAAAGGCUGGCAUGACAGCGUCCUUCAGGAAAAACCCUUUCUAUUCUCACUAGGACAUGAUCUCACAAUGGGUACCUACACAGGGCGAGUGCUGACCCUUCAGGAGCAGCUUGUACAGGUGGGCCGUCUCAAUGGAGAAGGGGUGAGAGGCCAGUGGGCAAACCUCUCCUGGGAGCUCCUGUAUGCUACUAAUGAUGAUGAGGAGCGGUACAGCAUUCAGGCCCACCCCUUCAUGCUAAGAAACCUAACCGUUCAGGCAGCCGAUCCGCCUCUAGGAUACCCUAUUUACUCAUCUGCCCCACUUCACUUCCCUUGCCUCUGAGCUGUGGUUCCAUCUUUCAGGUGGGAGUACCACAGAAAUUCAUGUUUGAACUGUAGCAAAGUCAAGAGAAAUCUUAAAUCAGGAGUUUUACAUUUUAAAUUGUUGACUCAGAGUUCGUGAAGUGUCAAGUCGGCAUGGGAACCAACUUAAUUCUUCACAUUAAUUUGAGAGAUGGAGCAGUGGCAUCGCCACCAAAGCACAGCCAUUUUUGUGUUUAUUAAUGUUUGUGCUGAAACAAAAAGUGAAUAAAUUAAGACCCCUCCUCUCCAGGAGACGACUAAUAAAUACCUCUGGUUUAAUUCGACUUUUUAAUAUUCAUGUGAUCCCCCUUCCCAUCCUCCCUCACUUUUCCACAAAAAGGAAUGAGAAUUUUAUUGCUUUGUUAAACAAUAUCAAGGAUGUGCCUUGGGGAUGUCUCGCUGUACACGUAUGGUGUUUAGUGCUGUUGUUUUGUUUACAAUUCACUUGUUUACAAUCUAGAAUGAAUCUGUCCACAGUUUCUUGUACAUAUUGUUAAUUUUUAUAUGUGUAGCUGUAUAUACUUACAAUAAAAAUAAC